ACUUAUAUUAACUCAUUAAACACUCGAUUGAGACGUAUUACACAAGACGGACGUUUUAUUUUAAUGUGUCGCUCACUGAUUAUUAGAUAGUGGAGUUAACACUAGACCCGGGACAUGGACCAGGAAGUUUCCGCGAUACCUAAUGGAGGUGUAGGGCACCGGCUGUCGGAUGUUACCAGUCAAGACAGCGACAGUGGCAUAGUCUAUCGAAAUACACAUAGACCAUUCAGCAUGUGGCGUCCAAGAACUUAUUUAAACGCGGUAGCCCCGAAUAGGGCAAUCAGGAAUAGAUCUGCGUCAUCAGUGGGAAGUGCUUCUAACUAUGGGAAGGACUCGUCAUCGUCAGUUGAUUAUGGCAGAGAGUACGGUAAAAAGACAAGAUGGAACACGCUGGUUACAGUUAUGGUCGUGCAAGCUAAAGCUCUACCAAAAACUUCGGACAAAAGUUCGAUGUACUGUAAAAUCAGAUUGGGGACCGAAAUACAUAAAACAAAGUCCGUUGCUAGAUCGCAGCAGCCUGAAUGGAAGGAACGGUUUCAACUCCAUAUUUACAGGGACCACUUGUUAAAGGUCUCCUUAUGGGAUAAAGACAAACAGAAGAAUUUUAUGGGCAGUUGUGUGGUGGAUUUGACGACGUUGGACAAGGAAAGGACACAUGAGCUGCGCCUGGAGUUGGACGAUGGCUUCGGUGAAAUCCAUUUAUGUGUUACAAUGUGCACUGUUCGUGACGACCCCUUCUCGACUACUGAAGCUAUGGAUUCAGGUGUUUCGUUGAAAAAUAAAAGCAACGAUCUGAAACUAGUCGGGCAACUGCACGUGACUGCCGUAGCAGCAAGGGGUUUGAGUUACAAACCAAAUGCAUAUUGCACAUUGGAAUUACACAAUCAGAGAGUGCAAACACACAUUAUACAUUCUAGUAGCGAGCCUGUAUGGAACAAAAGAUAUACAUUUGACGUCUACGAUAUCACCUCAACACUGGAUGUGAAAAUAAAAGACAGCUCGCUCAGAAGCUCCUUUGGUAUCGAGCACCUGGGCAAAGUAUCCAUACCGUUAUAUAGGAUAACGAAUGGCGAAUUGCGAUGGUUCGCGCUCAAAGAUAAGAAUAAAAGAAACAGUGCCAAAGGAAAUCAUCCGAGGGUCCUAUUGCAGAUGUCUAUAGUUUGGAGCCCAGUUAAAGCAGCGCUGAAGUUAUUUUCACCUAAGGAAGUGAAAUAUAUAGAAAAACCAAGUAAACUGGACAUCGAUGUUGUGUAUAAGAAUGUUAUUUUCAUACAAGAUGUGUUUGAUUUUCUGCACAUAGCCGACGAUGCAUAUAAGCGGUUUUUAGAAUGGGACAAUCAAGAGCUAUCACUGCUGGUGCUGGUCGGGUGGCUGGUCUUCUGGUUCUACUUCAGACCCUGGACGAUCCCGCUGCUUCUAUUGGCCCCAUUCGUGCUCCAAUUAAUCUUAGGCCGGACUUCAGAUGACAAAGUAUUAGUAACGUCGUAUAGGGAGUAUGGAGAUGCAAGCUUGCUGAACACGAGUGAAAGGCAUGACAAAAGUUUACCAGGAAAAAUUAAGACUUUACCGGAAGUGUCUAUCAAAAUUAUUGACAACAUAGAACUAGUGGUAUCAUUUGCGGAAAGAAUUUACAAUUUAGCUACGUUUAAGGUGCCAUUCCUGAGCUACGUCACAAUGGUUUUACUUUGUGGGGCGUCAUUUGCUGUAUAUUUUAUUCCAAUAAAUUACAUGAUGAUGGUCUUUGGCACAUACAAAUUCUUCAGAAAACAUUUGAAUCCUAGUAGAAAGCCGAAUAACGAUUUUGUCGACUUCAUUUCACGGAUACCGGACAACGAGAUAUGGAAAGACUGGAAAGAGUUAAGUGUCCCGGAGCCUAUGCGGCGAAGCGGCGACCGAAGCAGCGGACAAAACAAUAAGCUAGUGAGGAGUGUCAGCGGCCCGGGCCCGACCACCGAGCUAGACCCCCUAUGA